ACCCUGGACAAGGUCACGUGACAAAUAGGCUUUUUAAGUUUCGUUUCUGUCAAGCGCCUUUAAAGUUCCCCUCCGCGGACUCGGCGCUCACAUUGCGGCGUCAACAUGGAAGAAGCGGACUUCUCCCUGCUGAGUCUGGAGAACGACCUGGCCUGCUGCAUCUGCCUGAGCACCUUCGACUGUCCGGUCACCAUCCCCUGCGGACACAACUUCUGCCAGGCGUGUCUCCUCAAAACCUGGACGGACACGUACGACUGUCCGCAGUGUCGGACGCACUACGCAGACAAGCCGCAGCUGAAGAAGAACACCGUCCUCAGCACCGUGGUGGAGGCUUUUAAAGAGCGCUCGAAGAAUAGCGACGUCUCCAAAGAAGACGGCAGCGAAGCGGGAGUCAACGAAAAGGCGGAAGUCAACAAAAAGGCGGAGGUCAACAAAAAGGCGGACGAAAGCAACAAGGCGGCCGCACACGAUGGAGUCUGUUGUGAUACCUGCAUGGAGGCAAAGGCGAGCAAAACCUGCCUCACCUGCAUGGCGUCUUUCUGCGCGGAGCACCUGCGGCCGCACCUGGACAACCCGGUGUUCCGCGUCCACCAGCUGACGGAGCCGGUGGGUGAUCUGACGGAGCGCAUCUGCAAGCAGCACAACAAGCCCAUGGAGCUCUACUGCCCUCAACAUGGCCGCCUCGUCUGCGUCCUCUGCCUCAACCAAAUGCACAAACAAUGCACACUCGUCUCUCCCGACCAGCAGCUCAUCAAGAAAAAGUCUGACAUGAAACAAAUGUUGGCUUUGUUGGAUAGGAAGAUUGGACAAAAUGAAUCUGUGAUAGCUAAAGUCACAGAUAGGCAGCACAACCUAAAGGACAAUGCCGACUUCAUUAAGUCGAACAUGGCGCUUGAGUAUCAACAGAUCAAAGACAUGCUGGCCAAUGAUGAACGUGAGGCUUUUGGCCUAUUGGACCAAGAGCUGCUGUCUGCUCAGAAAAAGCUCAGCAAUCUGAUGAAGUUGUUUAAAGACAAUGUCAAGAGCUUAAGCAAAUCCAAAGAGGCGAUCAAGAGUCUGCUACAGCAGCCACAAACAAUGGUCGUUCUGCAGGCUUCAGUUGACCUGCCCAAAGCUGCAACUAUUGAUGUUUACGCCCCACAAUGCAACUUGGAUUCCCAAAAGCUGAAAGCAGCCCAAGAGUUUGCUGUUCAACUGAAAGAAGAAAUGAGUCAGAUCUUUCAUCAGCCACUUGAAAACAGAACAGCACUGAUUAAAAAAAGAGAAGAAGACACCAAGGACACACCUAAAAGAGGGCCGCCAAACACCCCCCUUCAAGUCAGGACACACCAAAAAAAAAAGCUUACUUCAAUGCCGAAAAGUGGCAAGGAUCAAUUACAAAAAAAAUUUCGUUCAAUGGAGAAUCUCUUGGAGGUUGAUGGGAAAGCAAAACUGAGCGCCCAUGUUUCUGGACCGCCCCUAAAAACAGGCAGCCCACAGUCCAUCGUCGAGUGUGCCAAGCAGAUCGGUGUCGUCAAGCUUGAGUCUCCUCCAAAGGGAGUGACCAUCCCAUACCGACCCAAACCCUUAUGCUCUCCUGUCAUUUUGGCAGGUGGUCUGGCAUACGCUGUCCAAGGGCAGCACCCCAUUCCUCAGCCUCAUCUCACCAAACUUCACCAGCUGGCCACGCAGCAGAGCCCCUUCCCGAUUGCACAAAGCAACCGGGUCUUCCAGGCUGGGAUGGGCGCAUCUGCACAAACUGUCUCUCUUGCGCUCACAGUUUCAAACAAACUCCUGGGUUGCAUCAUUGGCCGUCAGGGUGCAAGGAUCAACGAGAUCCGCCAGAUGUCAGGUGCCCAGAUUAAGAUUUUGGAUCCUGUGGAGGGUUCCACUGGCACACAGGUCACCAUCACUGGUUCCCAGGCCAGCAUCAUCCUUGCAAAGCACCUUAUCAAUGCCCGGCUCUCUUCUGAAACCACUGGACUUGCAGCCAACUGACAUGAAGAAUGCAUUUCUUCACAAAGUGGUGACCCUCGCCCCAUCCUUGUUUGUGAAUGACUUGAGCAUUUCAUGGAAGCUGCUUUUAUACCCAAUCAUGGCACCCACCUGUUCCCAAUUAGCCUGUUCACCUGUGGGAUGUGUUUGAUGAGCAUUCCUCAACUUUCUCAGUCUUUUUUUGCCACUUGUGCCAGCUUUUUUGAAACAUGUUGCAGGCACCAAAUUCCAAAUGAGCAAAUAUUUGCCAAAAAUAAAGUUGACCAGU